UAGCAAUACUAUCGAUGUGCAAAACAUAAAAUUCUGUUCAAGUUACAAAUCUGUUACUUUGUGCUUCUUUUUCUGGUGAACAUCAAGAUGACGGGAAGCAACAAAAGUGCUCGACAUAGACUACUAUUUAUGUUAUCCUUGACCACAAGUUUUUUUAUAAUCGAAAUAAUAGUUGGUUAUAUAACCAAUUCGAUGGCAUUGGUAGCAGAUUCAUUCCACAUGUUAAGUGAUGUUGUUGCCCUUGUGAUUGCAUACAUCUCUGUUCUUAUGUCACCAAAAAAGUGGUCUAAAAACACUUUCGGCUGGGCUCGAGCUGAAGUGUUAGGUGCUCUUGUUAACGCUGUUUUCCUAGUGGCUUUGUGUUUCUCCAUUUUGGUUGAAUCAAUUAAAAGGUUUUACACCCCAGAAGAAAUUCAUCAACCAGUUUUAAUUCUAGUUGUUGGCUUCUUUGGCCUUGUUGUUAAUGUUAUUGGUCUCUUUCUCUUCAAAGAUGGAGGACAUGGACACAGUCAUGGUGGAAGUCACAGCCACAGUCACAGCCAUAAGGAGCACAAUGGUGAGAUCAGGAAUCACUUGAAUAUUCAAGAAGAAGUCUUCACCUCUGAGAAAGGAGACAUCAUCUCUAAAGAUCGUGAACCAAUAUCAACAUCAGCAAUCCAUCCAUCAGGGACUCAGACUGAAUUAUCUCCCUCCUCAUCCUCAGCAUCCUCAACAGCACUGAAAAAUCGUGUAAAUCACAGUAGUAGCGCUCAAAUGAAUAUUAGAGGAGUAUUUUUGCACGUCAUGGCUGAUGCUCUGGGAUCUGUAAUUGUCUGUAUUAGUGCUUUGAUCAUCAUCUACACCCAAUGGGAGCUUAAAGAAUACGUUGACCCCUUCCUUUCCAUUUUAAUGGUCACACUGAUUAGUUACAGUACAUGGCCACUUUUGGUUGAAUCAGCCAUGAUUUUAUUACAAACAGUGCCCACUCAUAUCCAGAUUGACUCUCUUCAGCGAAAAUUGCUGCAAGAAAUAGACGGUGUUCUUGCUGUUCAUGAACUUCAUGUCUGGCAACUGGCUGGUGAUCGUAUAAUAGCUUCAGCUCACAUACGAUGCCACAAUCUGCAAGAUUACAUGAGAAUAGCUGAAAAGGUCAAAGAAUUUUUUCACAAUGAAGGUAUUCAUUCAACCACAAUUCAACCUGAAUUUGUGGACCUUGAAUUAGAGUAUCAAACAAAAGAGGAUCAAGAAAAUUGCGUGUUAGACUGUCCUCAAAAUACUAGUUGUGCCGCCCAAACGUGUUGUGGACCCAAAAAAGAAACACCAAAGUUAAACAUUCACAAUGGUGCUUAUAAGGGUUACACUGAAGUUACACCUACAUCAGUUAGACGACGUCCAAGGAAUGACCAAGGACCUGAUUGUGACCUUUUACAGAUUCCAUUAUCUGAAGUAAAUGUAGAAGUCGCUGAUGCAGAUGCAGAUAACAGUGACGAAGAUGAUGUUGGACCUGAUGUCAAAUUAUCAGCUUUACGAGCUAAAUUAGACAAUAAUGUUGUAUAAAAAAGAAACUUGACUUAUAGUCUUCGAAAAGCGACUAUGGUGGAUGACAAGGUGGCAAUCGACUUAUACCGAAACCAAGUCACAAUCGCAUUUAAUUUUUGCUUAGUCAACUAAAAGACAAGGUGGAUUGAGGAUAACGCUCGGACGCAUAAAGUUGAACUAAUGCAAAUGAUAAACAUUGAGAAAGCUUUGGCCAAUCAUAGACAAAAAUCAUGGAUUGCAAUGAAUUUUUGCACUUUUUAUUAUCUUAUUUCAUCUUCCAUCUGUAUCUGAUUAUUUUUAACGACAAUGAUUGGUCAAAGGGUUUUAAAUCAAUCUAAUUCAAUUGGGAUAUUUGUGAUAGACCAUCAAUAUCUUUUAAGUGACUUGGUUUCUCUGGUCAAUGAUUUUGUUCAUUGUAACAGAUUUUCUCCAUAACUAUUGUAACUUUCAUUCUCAAUCAAUAAUCAUCAUUGAUUUCAUUUGUUUAUCUCAACUUUCGUUACAUCGACUCGAAGAAAUAUUACUUCAGUUAAAUAAAUUAUGCAUGGUUUUCAUUUUUUAUCAA